GCAAUAGCCACUAAUGCGACUCACUAAUCGUCUAUAAAACAGCCGCCUGCAGCGCUUGUUUUUUUUCUGGUUGAAAAAGUCAGGCGAAAGGCAGUUGUUGCUGUUACUAAACGUCGUUCUGUUGUGUCCAUUGCUGAUGAUUACUCAUGGUAUCGUGUUGCUUCUGCGAUUGCCACCUAACCAGAUGCUGCUGCCAAGAUCAUAUCCUAUAUUAUGUUCGCUUCACAUCUUGUGACGAACAGAUUUUCACCGUAGUCGUCAGGUACCUAGAAUGCAUGCAUCCUGAUGAUAAAUGAUUGUCAUUCUGAAGUAAUCAAUUGAUGAAUUUCAGCUCCGUAUCAGUCUUAUAAAAUGAGGACAUCUAGCGCAGGCAAAUAAAACCAUGACAAUCACCAGGACCUUGCUAAACGAAGACGCUGUUCUUGAUUGUUCGCUGAAUCAAGCUGUGAUUUCAUCAAUGAAUUUGGUGAACUACCUUAGCCCCGAAGAAGCACAUGACUUGAUUCAUGAUUUUGAUCUAUUAGUCGUACGAAAAGAGGUUUUCUUUGUAUUGAAGCUGCUUGGAUGGUGUUUUUAUGCCGCGUUCGCUAAGCAAAUCACGCGCAAUAAGAAAGGUGAUGUAAGUAUUCAAUAUGUGUUUGUUGGAUAAUACAUCGGCGGCAAGACCGAUGAAUUCGUCAAUGUCAACAACAGCUGUGUUGAUGUCGAAUCAUGUUGUGAAUUUUAUACAACCACUUUCUCUUUCAAUGAUCCAGCAUUUGCCUCCUUCAGACAAUCAGAUCCAUUGCCGGUGGAUGUAUCUGCUAUGGAAGAUGAUGUCAUUAGGGGCCUCCGU